AUGAUUUAAGUAUCUUGGAUCAUAUGUAGCAAGUGAUGGAGGAAUAGAUGCAGAAAUCCAACAUAGAGUUCGGAGUUGAUGGCUGAACUGGAGAAAGAUGAGUGAUAAGUGCUGUGUGAUAAGAAAAUAAGCUGCAAAAUGAAAGGAAAAUUAAAGAAAACUGUGGUAAGACUUGCAAUGUUCAGUGCUGAGAUGUGGGCAAUUAAAAGAGACCAGGAAAAGAAGAUGGAGAGAGUGGAGAUGAAAAUGCUGAGAUGGAUAUGUGAUGUGAUGAAGAAGGACAGAAUUAGGAAUGAUUACUUAAGAGGAACCAUCAGAGUGGGUUCUGUAAGUACAAAGGUGCAGCAAAGUAGAUUAAAAUGGUUUGGACAUGUGAGGGACUAUGUUGGAAAGAGAAUUGGGAAGUUGAAAAUGAUAGAGAGGAGAAAUCGGGGAAGACCAAAGCUGAGAUGGAGAGACAAGGUGGCAGAGGAUUUGGGAGAGAGGAGAUGGAGGAGAGAGGACACCCUGGAUAGAGAAGUGGAGAAAACAGAUUAAAGAUGGGAAUACUGAUCCCAUAUAAACAUGAGAAAAAGCACAGAUAAAGAAGUUUAUAUAUAGUUUAGUAAUAUGCCUCAGAAAUCUAAAA